AUGUGGGAUCAGUUACCUGAGCUGAUAUUAACACAGAUAUUCGGCCAUCUCGAUCGCGCCGAUCGCGCCAGCGUCAGCCAGGUCUGCCGGUCAUGGAAUCGCUCGCUGUCCUCACCCGUGCUCUGGCGAUCCGUCACAGUCCUCAUCGAUCGCGAUCUGCGUGGCGACUUUCCACUAGCAGGAGAGCUAGCCGCGAAAUAUGGACAGCAUAUGCGCAGCCUGGAGCUCGCGUUUUCGCGGCCGUAUAUUUCGCCAAGGCAGAUCAGGAUCAGGUACAACACUCAAGCCGAGGCGGGCGCCGAUUUUCUUGCAUUAGGCAUUAAUCACGUAAUGGUUCACAGAGUACUAAAAAGUGAAUUGUUGUACCCGUUCCAUCGUACAAAAGUACAGGAAUUAAAUGCCAGAGAUCACCAUGCCAGAGUGAAUUUCUGUCGCUGGCUUCUACAAAAUAAUGAAGCCGAUGAAAACUUUCUGGCUAAUAUUAUGUGGACCGACGAAUCAUUAUUUACGCGCACUGGUCUAUUUAAUUGUCACAACGAACAUUAUUAUGAUGUUAUAAAUCCACGCGUGACCCGCACGCGUAGCUUCCAACAUAGAUGGAAGCUAAACUUCUGGGCAGGUAUUUUGGGAGACAGAGUUAUCGGUCCUACUCUUUCGUGCAAUAUAUUGGUUGAGUUUGUUUGCAUAUAUGUCUAUUGUUUCGCAAUUAUUUUCAGUUUAUUGAGUUCACGUAUUUAGUUAGAUGUUAUGCGUCUUGUAUCUUAUGUAUAACGUCUUUUUUAAGUUUAAGUUACAUUUGUGAGCGCUAGAUAGAUGGCGCAGAGAGAAGAAAGUAGUAGAAGUCUUUCGUCAGCGCACGAACGAACGUCGUUGUAAGCCACGUAUUCAGUAUCCAAAUAAAUAUUAAAUCUAAACCUUAAACAGUGUGAAAGGUCAAUUAAUACGUGCCGAGCACCAGUCCUCGCAUGAGGACA